GCUUGCGCCGCCGCCGCCGCAUCCUGCCGGCAAGAUGUCGGGCAGCGAUGCUGCCGUCGCGGCGGCCUUCCAGCACAAUGGCCCGAAGCUCUCGUGGUGGGAGUACCAGGCGCUCAUGCUUUGCCUCGCGGGCACCAUGUGCCUUGGCCUGGUGGCCAUCGAGCUGACCAUGCGGCGCUUCCAGGUCCUGUCGCUGCUCUUCCCCGGCAUGUUCUCCAUUCGGGAGAGGCGCCUUUAUUUCUUUGACUUCGACGUCGACGACGUCGCGAUCGGCAAGCGGCUGCGCGCCGAGGCCAAGCUGAUGGUCAGGACGAUCGUGCUGUUCGUCGUCCUCUCGUACCUGUGGCAGCACUGCGUUCUGGACGGGGAUACAGACCAGAUGUUCGGCAAAGACUUCCCGAGCGACCAGUGCGACAGGAAGAUGGCCUGCUUCUCGUCCGAGCUCGACGUCGCAACCUUCUUCAGCCGCGCGUACGAGCCCGUCGACUGCUCGGCGGGAGCGAAGGUCAUCUUGAGGCCAUGA